AUCAAAUUAUCCAUCAUUUCAGUUUUAUAUUCCAUUAUUUCUCACCUAUGUUACUAAGUAGUUAUGACAUGGCCCCUUGCAUUCAACACUUAUGCUAUAGGCUAAAUUCUUUAUGCUCAGUGAACCACACAUUGAUAGAACCAAGAGCUGAAUUAUCUGAAUGGAAAGCAAAUGAUGCAAGUGGUGUGGCUCUUGAGAAGUUCAAAAGGGACAGCGUUUACAUUGACAAAAGUGGCAAGUUAAGGAACUUCAAUCACAAGAAAGUGUCCAGGAAAAGAUGUGGUUCUUUGAGAGGGAAAGGUUGGAAAUACGGUUCUGGUUUUGUUGAUGGGAUAUUCCCAGUGUUAAGCCCCACUGCUCAGAUGAUUGUGGAGUUUAUUCAAAAGGGUGUUGAUUCUGAUAGCAUUUGGCGUUCACUUGAUGUUUUCCCUGCAUCUCUUGACACAUGGGAUGAUAUUGUUAGUGUAUCUGUUCAGCUUCGGAUGAGGAAACAAUGGGAUGCAAUAAUUUCGAUAUGUAGAUGGAUAUUGGUUAGAAGCUCCUUCAAGCCAGAUGUUAUAUGCUAUAAUUUACUCAUUGAUGCUUAUGGACAAAAGUUUAAACACAAGGAAGCAGAAUCCAUAUAUCUAGAGCUUCUUGAGGCUAGAUGCAUUCCUACAGAAGACACUUAUGCCCUUCUUAUUAAAGCCUACUGCAUGUCUGGCCUGCUAGAAAAAGCUGAAGCUGUCUUUGCCGAAAUGCGAAAUUACAGCCUUCCUUCAAGUGCUGUUGUAUAUAAUGCUUAUAUAAAUGGAUUGAUGAAAGGAGGAAACCCUAAUAAAGCAGAAGAGAUUUUCCAAAGGAUGAAGAGGGAUGGAUGCAAUCCAUCAACUGAAACCUAUACCUUGCUGAUAAAUUUAUAUGGAAAGGCUGGUAGAUCCAGCAUGGCCUUAGAAGUGUUCAACGAGAUGCAAAGCCACAAGUGUAAACCUAACAUUUGCACAUACACUGCCUUGGUGAAUGCAUUUGCUAGAGAGGGCCUAUGUGAGAAAGCAGAAGAAGUAUUUGAACAGAUGCAAGAAGCUGGGCAUGAACCUGAUGUAUAUGCUUAUAAUGCCCUCAUGGAAGCUUACAGUCGUGCAGGUUUUCCUUAUGGAGCUGCAGAGAUUUUUUCACUAAUGCAGCACUUGGGGUGUGAACCAGAUAGAGCCUCCUAUAAUAUCUUGGUAGAUGCAUAUGGCAAAGCAGGUUUUGAAAAUGAUGCUGAAGCUGUUUUUGAAGAUAUGAAAAGAGUGGGAAUCACACCAACAAUGAAGUCCCACAUGGUACUUUUAUCUGCCUAUUCAAGAACAGGAAGUGUGAGCAAAUGUGAAGACAUUCUUAACCAAAUGUGUAAAUCAGGCCUAAAACUAGACACUUAUGUUCUCAACAGCAUGUUGAACUUGUACGGCCGGUUAGGCCAAUUCACGAAGAUGGAGGAAGUUAUGGCAGUUAUGGAACAAGGAUCAUAUGUAGCUGAUAUCAGCACAUAUAAUAUCUUGAUAAACAGGUAUGGACAAGCUGGAUUCAUUGAGAGAAUGGAGGAAAUUUUUCAGCAGCUGCAUAGCAAAGGUUUGAAACCUGAUGUGGUGACUUGGACAUCACGCAUUGGAGCCUACUCUAAGAAAAAGCUGUAUGUGAAGUGUUUGGAGAUAUUUGAAGAGAUGAUUGAUGCUGGUUGUUUCCCUGAUGGAGGAACAGCUAAGGUGCUUCUUGCAGCAUGCUCCAAUGAAGAGCAAAUUGAACAAGUUACUACUGUGAUUAGAACAAUGCAUAAGGAUAUUAACACUACUGUUUUGCCAGUCUAAGUUGUUUGAAUAUAUUAUAUAAUUUAGUUUCAAUAACGCUUAAGAGACAAUAAAAAAUCAGUCUAAACCGUUUAAAAUUAUUUUAUUUAGUAUUUAUUAAUUACUGUUAGGGCAGCACAUAGAU